CUUGGUUCAAGCCUGGGGAUCUAUACACUUACAAGCUCCCACAUCGACAUCCAGACGCUUCGGUUUUGCAACUUUCGGAGAGAUCACCUCCUGCUCGAAUCUUUUGGUGUGACUCUUUGUCAUCCCCACCUGCCGCUGUCAUCAACAUUUCCACUGCAUCAUUGCAGAAUCCCUACUCCACCCGCAAGAGACACACCGAGACGCAGGACCAACACGCCUGCCGACGCAUCGCAUCCGUCCUGCCAUCAGCACAGCAGUCCACAUCGCAGUUGAGCUUGGACGCCAGAUCAGAUUGAUAUCGAAUCGAUUCACACAAGCCCAACAUGCCUAGGGCUUCGCCUUCAAACGACGCAAUCGAUCCCCUAUCGCCACGCCCUUACCCAUUUUCAUCAUGCCCCGAUCCCGAUGACUCCCAAAUGCAUUCGCAGCCACACCAUCAGUAUUCCUCACCAUCCAUGAUACCCGCGAUAACAGCACCAAGCACGGCCGAUGAUACCGAAAGACCGGGGCCGGCCGUAAUGUCCCCGGAAAGUCAAUCGGAAGUGAACCGCAAUGUGGAUAUAGAUCAUGGACCCGAACGCAUGCGGGACGCCCGCCGAGACGCAGAUGAGGCCCACAAGCAGCGGACCGAGACUGACGACGAAACUCCCGGGACCGCUAGUGACUCCGCACAUGCUGUCCAUGUCGAACAAGCCAACCGCACUAUUACGGCGAACAGAGUACCAGCUAUUACGGCGAACAGAGUGCCAACUAUCACGUCGAACAUAAGGCCAUUAAGGACACAUGGGGUGAUUGGUGGGCAUAGGAGUCGAAAACAAGGUGACGAGCUUGUUGCGCCGAGUGCUACAACUCUUGGUCAAGUAGAAGAAGUCGAUUUGACUGGCAAUGACGCACCCUGGGUGCACGACUAUGGACUCGCAGGGCUCAGCUACGAGUACUGCCAGACAAGAUUGAUACCGUCCACGCCAUCGUCCUAUCUUCGCCCAGGCAGUAAAUUUUCGGGCAUGCAAAAGUCGGAGAGAUCACGCUACGACGUGGAAGUGGAAAUCAAGCAGGUCGAUCUCCGCGAGUCCUUCUUAUGCGGCUAUCUGCGGAUUCAGGGUCUUACUGACACCCACCCGACUUUGACGACAUAUUUUGAAGGCGAAAUCAUCGGCCCACAUUACAGCUUCCUCACUCAACAUCCGCAAUGGGGAGCAAAUGACAAGAUCGAUAUCUCGCAUUGGAACAAGUUCGUCGCGUUCAAACCGUACGCUAAAACCGCGAAAAGGGGCGGCGUUCAGAUUAAGGAUGUGGCACAGAAAGACAAUAUUUUCAUGCGAUGGAAGGAGCAGUUUUUGGUCCCGAACCACCGCGUUAAAACCAUCAACGGUGCUAGUUUCGAGGGCUUCUACUAUAUCUGCUUCAACCAGGUCCUCGGGACAAUUCAAGGAAUCUACUUUCACAGCAAGAGCGAAAAGUUCCAACAAUUAGAGCUAAAACACGUCCAAGAUAAAGGGUGCUUUGGCGCAAUGGAGUUCAGAUGAGACGACGCAGGGACGUCACAUCGGAAGGCCGGCAAUAUUCCGCGGCCUUGAUAGGGCUGAAACCGACUCGGGCGUUCAUGGAAACCGACCGCUGGGACGCGGUCCAGAGACAUAAUCAAGCCCAGGCAAAAUGUGGCUUUGGGCGGGUAUGUGUUGAAUCAAUGCCCAGGAAACAACCCAUC